AUGGAACCUCUUGAUGACCAGAACAUUUUUUCCGAGUUCGAAGAUGAGGAGAGAAGGCAGCUUAUCGAGGAGCUGAUACGUCAGGACCCUAGACUAGCUGAACUCCCGCGUACAAACUUUUUUACUCUUUGGUUCUCGGAUAUUGAAGUCCUUCGAGUGUUUGCAAACGUGCUUCAGAGGGGUGAUCCCAAUUUUAAAUGGCGAAAAUAUCUAUUGUCCACCCCCGACCCAAGUGAUGUACCUGGAGUCUUCGCAUCAAGUAAGCAGGCCAAUAAGUCGUCCUCGAAAGGCAAAUCUUCCUCCGGAUCUAGAUUGCCUGUACCAGCUCAAAGCCCCGCGGGCAGGACUCGCUCCAUGUCUCCUCGAAAGGGCCAGCCAGGUCUCCGCGAGCGUUCGAUUAACACACCACGUACUUCUUGGGAUGACCAGCAAAACCCCCUCGGCGAAUCGUCAACUGCCGUUCAGCAAAGCCCCUCCCUUGGUCGGGAUUUGACUUUGGUUCAGCCAGAAAGACAAAGGCGAGACGACGCUAUGAAGAAGAAGUGCCUGGAGCGAGAUAGUAACAGGUGCAUCAUAACCAAGCGCGAUCACCCCGGGAUUCAGUGUGCUCAUAUCAUUCCCUACAAAUUGAACGGUUCCAGCACCCGGGGUGCAACCUGGGAAUGGCUCGAAAACUUCUGGGGUGAGGCUCGCGCCGACAGGUGGAAGGCUGAACUCCUCGGUGGCUCAAAUCACCAGAUCAAUACCGAACAGGUCAAGAACCUGAUAACCCUUGCGAGUCAAGAACAUAACUACUGGGAUAAUUGCCUGUGUGCUUUCCGCCACUUGAGAACUUACGAGCAGAACACGAAAAUGGACAUUGCGUUCCAUUGGUUGCCUCUCCGCGGGAGUGAGAAGCGAACCGACAUCAUCCCCACUAUGUCCCAUCCAUUCCCUAAUCAACCCCAAGGAUAUGCCACAUCUCCAGGUGGCAACAGAUAUUUGUUGCAUUGUGAAUCUUUGAACCUUAUCUCCUCCGGACACAUUUUCACCGUGACAACAACAAACCCAGUGACUCAUCCACUUCCAUCGGAGGAGUUGCUGAAAAUGCAGUGGAAUCUGAGUCGCAUCGCUAGUAUGCAAGGAGCGGGUGAAGACGAAGAUAGCGACCUUGACUCCGACGGUGAUUCCGUCGUUGUGACUUCCAGGUCGAGAUCUCCGACCAAGGAGGCUUACACUUUCCCUGAGCAAUCGAACCUCGGGUCUCCAGCAUGGUCCCCGAGCAAGGGAGCUCGUAUGCUCUCUGAGAACGUACCUUUCAGAAUGCCGACCCGAUCUCCAUCACCUUCAAAGGCACGGGAUUUACCUGGCAUAGAUGAAUCUGCUACUGAGCAUGUUGACUGA